CGCCAUAGACUACCUCACAUCCCGCCCCCCACAGCCAUCCGUCCACAGAGUCACCACAGCCGCACCGCAGCUCCAUCUUCACCACCGUCAUCGUCAACGAGAAGCAGCGGCGAGCAGCAGCGCCCGGCCAAGAGACGAGACGAGACGAGAGAACAAGUGUUGCCAUGGCCGCGAUGGAGAGCAAGAGCCGGAGGUUCGCGCUGGCGUGCGGCGUCCUCAGCCAGUACGUCAAGGCGGAGCAGAAGAUGUCCUCCUCCGCCGUCGUCGCCCCGCCCCCGCGCGCCCCGCCGGCCACCACGCUCAGCCUCAUGCCCGGCGCCGACGUCGGCCAGGACCACGCCGCGGCGGCCGCUGAGGAGGCGGGCCCGGCCACGCCGCUCACCAUCUUCUACGGUGGCAGGGUGGUCGUCUUCGAGGACUUCCCCGCGGACAAGGCGGCCGAGGUCAUGCGCAUGGCCACCACCGCCGGCGUCGAGCGCGCGGCCGCCACGCCCGCCCCGGCCCCGGCGCUCGCGGACCUGCCCAUCAUGCGCAAGGCCUCCCUGCAGAGGUUCUUCGAGAAGCGCAAGGACCGCCUCGGCGCGCGCGCGCCCUACGCCCGCCCCGCCGCGCCGGCAGCCAACAAGGGCUCGGAGGACAAGUCGGCGUCGUCCUCCUCGUGGCUCGGGCUGGCCAGCGCCGACGGCGCCUUCGCGCUCUGAUCCGGACGGACGGACGGACGGGGCAAGACGGCUUGCUCGCUCGCCUCAAGACAUCGUUUGUAGAGCACUUUCAAUUUUAAUGUAUUCUUUGGGUAAAAAUUCGAAUAGCGAAAGAAAGAAAGAAAGAAACAAGAUUGAGUUCAUAGCAA